UUAGCGCAAUAGGGUUUUGGCUGUGCAACGAAUAUAAACCAACAUAGCGCCUCCACUCUUUCUUCUCAGUCGCAUCUUCGCCAUCUUCUUCGCAGUUCUCGCUCCCGUCCACGUUCAAGAGCUUAAAAGCUUUUAAUUUUAGGGGAAUAGACACUUUGAUUAUAUAAAUUGGGUGCUUUAACCUUUUAAGUUUUGCUUGUUUCAAAUCACGUUGCUAAGAUGCAGAACGAUGAGGGACAAAAUAUGGAUCUCUAUAUCCCGAGGAAGUGCUCGGCCACAAAUAGGCUGAUCACUUCUAAGGAUCAUGCAUCUGUCCAGAUAAAUGUUGGUCAUUUGAAUGAGAAUGGCGUAUAUGAUGGAAAGUACACCACUUUUGCUUUGUGUGGAUUUAUUCGUGCGCAGGGAGAUGCAGACAGUGGUCUUGAUAGGCUCUGGCAGAAGAAGAAAGUCGAAGCCCGCCAACAGUAAUGUCUUUUGGUGGUUGUGUUUUAUGUCUUUUACUGUUAGCUUAUCUGUGCAUCGUUAGGAGCUAGUAUUUGGUUUUACAACGUUGUACACUCUAAUCAUAUCCUUGAUUUUGAAGUAUGAGCUCCGCACAAAUAUUUGCCCCCUUUUGUGUUAUUUUCAACUUGAGACUGUAAUGCAAACUUUGAAAUCCUUGUGUUUUUAUCAACUCAGUAGAGCUAUGGGAUA